AACCCCUCCUGCCAAGAUGAUGAUGUCAGCAGAUUUUUCCUCUCCCCUCUAAAAAGCGAGCGGAUAGCCUAGCAAAUAUUUUUUAUUCGGACGAGUGUGCUUGAAAGAGACGGAUCAGAAAUUGGCACUCAACUAUUAAAUAAAACAACGAGGUUUUACUGAACCUAAUGGAGAGGGUCAAUGUUGACGGCCUCGGUGAAGUGAAAAAAGGGGCAAAAGAUGACGCUAACUCAAAAGAAAAGACUACCCCUGGUCCAGGUGUAGUUCAAAAUAAACAACAAAUCCCAGGUUUAGCUCCAUCUGGUGCUCAGCAAAAUUUUUGCUUCUUAAAAAAUGAAGACGGAGACAGUGUUUUGAAGACAUGGGCCUUGAUUUUGCAUUAUGGGUUUGAAGGAACAAGUGGCGAUAGAUCACAAGGCGAUUGGGCUGAUGUAGAAAACUUGAAAAGCGUAUUUCAAAAUCGUAAUUGCACGUACAGGGUCGAAAGUCCAAAUAAAGAGGACCUCCUUCGCUAUUUCAGUAAUGAAGGCGAAAUGAAGAAAUUGUUUGACGAUAAUCAGGAACCGAAUCUUUUCAUUGUAUUCAUUAUGACUCACGGAUAUCCUGACGGAGAGCUCACAACACACUACAAAGAUAAUAGAGAUGAAUUCGAAAAUUUCAAUGUGUCGGAAAUUUGGAAGGAACCCCUAUUUGUAAACAAAUUAAAGCUUUUGUUUGUGGUGGCCUGCCGAGGAAACAUUAUGGACGUGCAAUCGGAAGUAGUUCUAGAUACUAAAAUGAUACAAACAAAAGACAUGGAGCGGCUAAGUACAAAAAUAGUUACAAAAGAUAACCCUGAGAACAAAAAUGCUGUGAGGUUGACGCCUGGUCCAAACACCUUCAACUGGAUCAUAGUUUUUGCUUGUGUCGAAACUUGUUUUGGCGUGAGAAAUCUUGACGGUACAUAUUUGGUUCAAGCGUUUACAAAAUGCAUAAACGAACUUGAUUGUGACGUGGAUUUGCCUGCUUUCUUAACCAGAAUGCACAAAUACGCUGAAGAUCUAAAUAAAACGGUUGGUGUAGGAAUUACCAUGGAAGCCAAAAUUUUUAAGCAUCCAGAUUACUCAAAGCUGAAAAUAUCUAGGUGCGAAGAAGUGCAUAAUAAUGACGCCUAUGAAAGCUUUAUGUAUAACUUUACCUCUGUCACUGGAGCUCCUUUAAAAGGAGGAUGCGUUCAGUAUUACUGCAAUUGCUUAAGCACAUGUGGAAGCGACUGUGAUAAACUUCAAAAAGUUUUCAAAAAGAAACUCGCAUUCGACAUCAAUCCCUGCAAAUCCAAAAAGGAUCUUGAAGUUGCAAUGCAAACAGAAAAUACAAGUGCUGCAGUUAUUAUUUGCAUAAAGACAAGGCUCUCAGUGGAUUCUGAAAGCGAUGGCGAUGCAGGAAAUGAUAAAAAAAAACAGAGAGAGAUUUUUGCCUCCAUGAGGACUGAACAGGGUAACACUGUAGCUGUCCCCAUUAAGGAGAUUCUGUACAACUUGAUACCCGCGACGACGAAAAAUUAUGUUGGAAAGCCGAAGUUGUGCGUGUUUUUGCACGAAGGCACUGCCGUUCAAAUGGAAAAAAGUCAAAUUGAAGUUUGUUAUGCCAUCGAUCCUUCCACCAGAAAACGAAGGAGUGGAACUAUGCACAGCGGCUUUUUAAUUCUGAUUUUGCCACAAAUAGACUCGGCAACUUUCUUCAUUGACGAAAUGGACAAAUUGUCUGUGCAACGAGAUUCAACCUAUCAACAGCUAUUUUAUGACAUCUUACAAAAGGCCAAUUCUGGUGAUUCUUCAGAAACUUUAAAUCCACAGUUAAUCAGCACAGGUCCUCUGCUAUUUAAAAUUCAAUAUCCAAAGCCGAUCAUGUCAAAUUUUUAUAUACAGAGGAAUAAUGGCAAAAACGAAACAAUCAACACUCUGGAAGGCCUUGUUGAAAAAAUGAAUUUCCAAGACACGACUCCGUCAUUUUGGCUGAUUCACUCAUUGCCAGAAAGAGGCAAAUCACACUUGAUUGAUUAUCUUGAAAAUCGUGCAAAAGUCACCAGAUCAACGAUUCUCCUCAACUUCUUUGAAGACUAUUUGUAUUUGCGGAACAAAAAAACAUCAUAUACGUGCGCCAAAAAAUUCGCAGAGAAUUAUCUCAUGCAUAACCACAUUUUGCGUAAAGUCGGUCAAAACGAGAUCAUAAUCCUAGAUGAUUUUGACGCAGCGGAGCCAAAACUGAAAGAAAACUUCAUGAAACUAGUACCUUGCUUACUCAAUGAAGGCUUUUCCGUGUGGAUUGGCACCAGGCCACAUACAAAUGAUUUCGUCAAGAGUAAGUUGCCGGCCAACGCUAUCAACAGCUUGGAAAUCAAACAAUGGACCGAAGAAGAGCAUGAUGUUUUUUUUAAGCACUGCCUAAUGAAUGACGAAAAAUUCACUAUUCAAAGGACUAAAUUUCAGUUAUGGGAGGCAGAAGAUUUAUUGCAGUCACCAUGGCUCAUGCGCAAAAUUGCUGCAAACGUUGAAGAAGAAAUAGAAGAAGACAAGAAUCUGUUUCUGUUCUGCGAGAAGUUCUUGGGAAAAAGAAUUGAUGAAAUAUUGCAGGGACAUUGGUUGGGCAUAAUCAAAGAGAAUAACAACAACUACGACCUUGUCUUUGAGGACUACAUGAAAUGCCUCCAGUUGUGCGCUUUGUUUUAUUUUUCAAAUAAUUUCGCACAGAAAAAUUUGCUUAAAGAUGAUCAAAUCGCUCAAAUCAACAAUACAGGGAUUUUCUCAAUUCAAAACGAUAAGGUCAUAGUUGUUAGCGAAACUUUGGCCAAGUACUUGGCCUUCAACGCACUGCAAACCGAGGACUUUGGAGCGGAGGGGCCAAAAAUCAGAAUUGCAGAGGCUUCGUUUGAAAAAAUGAAGGAAGCGUGCAGAAUUAUGACUAAUCACUUUAUUGAUCAUAUUGGAGGUGAAAAAACUAAAUUUGACGACUUGUGGGCAUCGUUCAAGCAACAUAUCGCACUGGAGAUUUAAGAGCAAGAUAAAUUAACAGUUUGUACAUAGUAAAAUUUAUUCGAUUUAUUUUUAUUCUUUUUUUUGUUGCUAAAAAUUAAAAUAUUUUGCGCAACAAGAAAAAAUACAUAGUUGAAGAGAUAAAAUUUAAUUUCUUAUCUGAUCAGCGCCUGAAAAAAAUAUUUCUGCGCUCUAAAGUGAUGUUACAUUUAUUAAUAUGCAAAUAAAAUAUUUUAAAUUUAAAAAAUUUUCAUUUUAAUUAUAACUUUCACUUUGAGGUAUGUCCUUAAAUCAUAACUAUGACUGUCUUUUAUUGCUUUGAACAAUUACAAAAAUUAAAAUGCAAAUUACAACUGUUGAUAACUCACAGAGCAUGCUGUUUAGCAUUGUUAACUAGUAAGCGUGCAUUAAUAAUCUACUUUUUUAUAUCAAUUAAAUAUCUUGGUGAUUUGAAUUUAAAUUUUAAAUAUCUGUUUAAUCUUAAUGCGCAAAAAUAUUAAAAGUUAG